AUGCUUAAUACCAUCUUUUCUUUAUAAGUUUUUAGAAAUCUAGAUAUAAAAGCUAUGAUUUAAGCAUAUGAUUAUGCACUAUAAAAUAUUAAUGAACUCUCAAAUUAAAUUGAACAAUUAGAAAAAAGUGCUAUUGAUAUAAUAGUAGAAAAAGAUUAAAUUAUAGAACAAUUAGAAUUAUAAUUAUUACACUCUUCUAAAAGAACAAGCUUUAAUAAUUAAGAAGAAGUUGUUUAAUAUAAAAAGUAAUCAUUUUUAGUAUUAUUAUAGUCAUAUUUAAGAAUUAUAAAUAAGAUUGGAACAUUUACAGAAUAAACAUUUUGAAUAAUUAUAAGAAUAAGAAAAAAUGUGGAACUAAUAUUUAUUAGAUUAAAUUGCAUAAAAUGAAUACACAAUUGAUUAAAAAUUAAAGAGUCAUUUAGAAUAAAUUUUUAUUUUAGAAGAUAAAAUUAAUAAACUUGAGAAUGAAGUAAAAAUUUUAAUUUAAAGUAGUUAGAAAUUAAAGAAAAUAUGCAAAUCUCUUUGAUUAAUUAAAAUAAAAUAUUUAAAGAAAACAAUACUAAAUUGGAAGAAGUUCAAAUGACAUUAAAUAAAUAAUUACUCAAAUAUUAAAUUGAUAUAUAAGAAUUACAAUAAAACUAUUUUAAAGAGAAAAAUUAAUACUUAGAAUAAAUUAAUGUAUUAUUAUAAUUAAUUAAAAUAGNACUGUCAACAUUAAGGUAAAUCUAACUAAAUUCAUUUUAUUCUCUAAAUAUUCUUAUUUAAGAUUAAAUGGAUUAUAUUGA